AUGACUACUUUCAAGUUGAAGAAAAUGACAUUGGAAACCAUCGACCUCCAAAAAGCCCGAUCUUCAACACUUUGUAAGAGUUGCAAUAGAUGGCAACUUGAUAGUUAUGUUUGCGCUGACGAAGGUGAAAUUUCAGCGUUGAAAGAAGAAAAUGAAAAAUUGAUUGAAAAUGACAGCAGAAUGAAAGUAAUGCACGAAAGUGAUCAGCUCCAAUUGAAAGAUGAGGUUAAAAGUUAUAAAGGAAGGUGCAAAGAAUAUGAAGAGAUGAAGAUUUAUUUGAAUACCACUAAACAGCUUAUGAACGAGAAGCAAGUGUACGUCUUUCUAUCAAUAAAUUUAUAG